AUGCAACAAAGUUUAGGUGGUCGAGUGAUUAGUGGUACAUCGAAUGGUGGCUCAAUUUCUCCGUCGGUAUUAUCAUUCAUUCGAAAUAUAUUGAAAAUUGAUGUUGUUGAUAUGUACGGUUGUCGAGAGUGUGGUAAUAUUUCCAGGGAUGGUGUUCUUUAUCAAGGUGUUGAAAUUAAAUUGUUUCCAGUGCUUGAAUUAGAACUAGAUGGACAGACAGAAGGUGAAAUUUGUAUACAUUCACCUCGAAUGAUAUCUGGUUAUUGGGGAAUCGAUAAAUUAAAAUUGCUCAAUCAAUCAGACACAAUGAUAAAGAACUCCAUGGCUGAAUGGAUAUCACCAGUUAAUAUUGAAAAUAUCCUGGUACAACUACGAGAAAUUUCAUCAGCAUUUGUUUUAGGCAAUUCAAGUUGUGCUUAUGUGACAGCCAUUGUAUGCCCAUAUGAUAGUGGUAAAACACUGAAUGAGUCUGAAAUGUUACAAUUGAUUCGAUUUUAUGGUGCUCAUUGUGGUUUACGUGGAUCAGAAAUACCGCAAUGUAUUUAUUUUGAGCGAGAUAUUAUUUGGAACGUAACAAAUGGUUUAAUGAAAGAGAAAAAAUGUCGAGCAGCAUUAAUGAAACAUUGUUCUCAAGUCAAAAACAAUCUUUUCCACUACGAUAAUGUUGAAGUACAUAUGAAAAAUCUUAAUUUGGAUAUAGAAUUCGUAUCUAUAUUAGAAAAUGUUCUAAAUUGUCCUUUAAAAGGACAUAUCAAUGGUAAUAAUACAUUCUUAGAAAUCGGUGGUGAUUCUUUAGCUGUCGCUCGUUUAUGCAAAGUAUAUCAUGAACGUGGCAUUCCUUUGAAUCCAUCCACUGUAUACAAUCAUCAAUUAGAUCAUCUUCAAGAAAUAUAA